GUUGUCGUUUCUCUUCAGUUGAAGAAAUCCCUUUGUUUCAGCCCGGGUCGCCUCCCACCCCGCCCAUCUUACACCACCAAAUGCGAUCUGAUAGCGGCGGCUAGUCAUCAACAUGGUGGAUAUCAACUUGGAGUGCGUGCACCAGAUAGAGCCAAAGACCCGCUCCUCGGAGCAGCAGCAGGACGCGGACUUGUACCUGGAGGCGGUGCGGAUUCUGCUUGUGCUGCUGGAGAACGUGUUGGCGCAGCCGGAGAACUCAAAGUUCCGCACCGUUCGCCUGGAGAACAAAGCGAUUAAAGAGAAGUUGCUCCCGCUGCCCGGCAGCGAAAAACUGCUAGACGCCAUCGGCUUUGUCCGCGCCCCAGGCUCCAACGUCUACACCUUGCCCUCCGAAGUUUCCUUGGAGAAGGUGCGGAAGUACCGGGACGCGCUGAGCGAACGGCGCUCUGCUUGGCUCAGCGGAACGGUACCUAAGAGUUCGCAACAACAAAGCGCCGUCAGCAUAAAACCGUCGCCGUUGUUCAUCAAGCCUUCGGUGGAGUACCGUCAGCGAAUCGCCUUUCCCCGUGUGCUGCGCACCAACAACAACUUUCUGCAGUCGCUGGAGCUGUACUCCGAUGCGGUCAUGCAGUACGAGGACGAGCUUCUGCUCGCCACUGGACGCUCACUGAUUCCCGUGGACGAGCUGACCGAAAAGGCGAGCGAGAGAAUGAUAGACAUGCAGGAGCGGAUUGCCUUAGGCGAAUGCCAAGAAAAGGAGCCCUGUGUUCGCGACCUGCUGCUCGUGGAGCUGGUCAACUGGUUCAACACGCAGUUCUUCCAGUGGGUCAACAAUAUACCCUGCCGUGUGUGCGGCAGCGAGGAGAGCAAGCUGCGCCGCACCCAGCGGGAGGGUGAUGUUCGGGUGGAGGUCAAUGUCUGCUGCGGCCAAGAGAGCAAGUUCUACCGCUAUAAUGACAUCUCCCAGCUCCUGGUGUCGCGCAAAGGCCGUUGCGGAGAGUACGCGAACUGCUUCACAUUCCUCUGUCGCGCCCUGGACUACGACGCACGCAUUGUGCACUCCCACUUCGACCACGUGUGGACCGAGGUAUACUCCGAGGCGCAAAUGCGCUGGCUGCAUGUUGACCCCUCCGAGAACGUGGUGGACUCCCCGUUAAUGUAUCAGCACGGCUGGAAACGUCACAUCGACUACGUGCUCGCAUACUCACGAGACGACGUCCAAGACGUUACUUGGCGAUACACGAGUGACCACCAGAAGAUCCUGCAGUUGCGCAAACUCUGCAGUGAAAAAGAACUGGUGCAGACGCUGGAGGAUAUUCGCAAAAAGCGGCGAAAUAAUUGUACCGCCGAACGAAAGUUGUUCCUUGGUCAGCGCAACCUGUGUGAGGUCAUCGGGUUGACCCUCGAUCGCAAACCAACAGAGAACGAGCUGAAGGGCAGGAGUUCUGGCAGUCUCUCGUGGCGACAGUCGCGGGGAGAGCACACUUUUACCAACAUUUUCAUUUUCAACCUUAAUGAUGCUGAGGUGCAAAAUCGCCAAUUUAAUUUGCGUUACAGCUGCGCCACAGACACAUACGAACGAUAUGCUAAAGAUGGAGGACACGUUACAAUAUUGGACACUUAUAAAAGUUGGCAAAGGGCGCAAUUUUCCUCAACGAACAUAUUUCGUAAAGUGGAGCGCGAUUGGAAAAUGGCUUAUCUGGCAAGACUGGAGGAUACUGAAUUUGGGGAAAUUGUAUGGAAGUUUGAUUUUAGCAAGUCCAAUCUGAAAGUUAAGUCCUACAACUUGGUUUUUGACACAAAAACUUUUGGCGAAGGAAAAGUCGAUGUAACCGUGGAAAGCAUGGAUGGACCCGGUUCGGUAGAAAAUACCAAUGGAUUCCAAAUUGUGGCGAAGCUCACCGGCGGUAAGGGCGACGUGGCGUGGCAGCAUACCCAGCUCUUUAGACAGAGUCUGAAUUCCCGAGAAUACCCCUUCGAACUGGAGGUGAAAUUACACUGAAUCCGACGAAAACUAUAUUCCAAAAUCAAGGUAUAAAUGUAAAUAAGCAAAGUCGAUUCCAAGUCUUGAUGAAAAUGUUAAUAAUACCAUAUAAUUUUUAAUUUUAUUUUAUAUGUACACACAAUAAAAAAACCAUGUAAAAUCAACAUAGAUUUAUUGAUGUAUUAUUGAAUUGUAUUUAACAAUUGAAAUAGUAGAAAUCCUAUUUAUCUUGUUGUUUUAUUCAUUUGGCAAAUUAAUAUUAAAGUCUUAAAUAAUAUCGUA